AUGAUUCAUCAUACAUUUAUAUUUAUAACAUUUCUAUUAAUUUUAUUCACAUUAACAAUGGCUAAUCGAUGUCCAUGUGAAUUAGUUGUUAAUGAAAAUCCAACAAUACCAAAUGCAGAUUCAUCAUCAACAAAUUCGCUUAUCGAUGAUGAUAGUCAAGAUGAUUAUCUUGAACAACUUGCUAAUAAUAUACCAUCAACAAAUAAAUAUGAAGAUAUAGCACGUUUAUAUCCAAUGAUUGGUCACACAAAGAGUUUAUCAAUAACUCAUAAACGUUUCAAACGUCCGAGUUGGGCUACUGUUGGAAAACGAUCGAUUUUAAUUAAGAAACGCCCAUCUUGGGCUCAAAUUGAUGGUUCACAUCAAAAUUAUGUUGAUUAUGUUCGAACAUUACCAUUAAAUCCAUUACCAGAAGUAUAUGGUUUUCAUUCCAAUGCUGAUAUUACAAAAGAUCAACAAGAAACACAAACACUUUUUGAUAGUAUUCUUCUAACACUACCAAAACAAACAUCAGGGGGUGAAGGUCGAACACCAUCAGCUGUGAUUGAUGAAUUAGCAGCUGAUAUUCUUAGUAAAUUACCAGCUGAUUUUGAUACAGAAGCUAUUGGUAAAAAAUAUCCUGUUCUGUAUAAUGAAUCUAUGAAUACAGUAUUAAGACAAGAAAUUAUUCGUUAUAAUCGUUUAACAUUUGAAGUUCGAAAAACUUUAGUUGAUUUACGUAAAGCAAUUAAAGGUCUUGUAUUAAUGUCAUCUGAACUUGAAGAAGUUUUUAAUGCAAUGUUUGUUGGUAAAGUUCCAAAUGCAUGGGCAGCUAAAUCUUAUCCAUCAUUAAAACCAUUAGGAAGUUAUUUAAAUGAUUUAAUGGCUCGAUUAAAAUUUUUACAAACAUGGAUUCAAAAUGGACCACCGAAUGUUUUUUGGAUAAGUGGUUUCUUUUUUACGCAAUCAUUUUUAACCGGUGUUCUUCAAAAUUAUGCUCGAAAAUAUACAAUACCAAUUGAUAAACUUGCGUUUGAAUUUGAUAUUUUACAAGAAGAUAAUGAUAUGGCUCAUAAACCAGAUGAUGGUGCAUAUAUAAAAGGUCUUUUUCUUGAAGGUGCUCGUUGGAAUAAAACAACUCGUGUUCUUGAUGAAUCUUUACCAAAAGUUUUAUUUGAUGUUUUACCUAUAAUAUGGUUACGACCGGGUAUUACGGAAAAUUUUGCAGUAGUUAACACAUAUUCAUGUCCUGUUUAUAAGACAAGUGCUAGACGUGGUGUACUCAGUACAACAGGUCAUUCAACAAACUUUGUGCUUUUAAUAGAACUUCCAUCAGAUCGAACAAAAAGACAUUGGAUAAAUCGUGGUGUUGCUGCACUUUGUCAACUUGAUGAUUAA